UAUUCAUAACACAAAUCAUAUUUGUCUGUAAUCUCUCAAUAUGAAACCUCAGAAAUCUCUCUGCCUUUUCUUAGUCUUCCUUGCUUGUCUUCUUUCUUUCUCUGAUGCGGUCAGAAUCUUCUUUGUUGGUGGUAAAGAUGGCUGGGUUUUGCAGCCUGAAGUCACUUACAAUGAAUGGGCUGGUAGACAAAGGUUUCAAGUCAAUGACACCCUUUUUUUCAAAUAUGAGAAAGGAUCAGACUCGGUUUUGUUGGUACAUAAAUAUGAUUACUUCAAUUGCAACAUAAAGAACCCUAUAAAGAAAAUGACAAGUGGAAGUUCUAUGCUUCAUUUUCAUCACUCUGGUCCCUUCUUUUUCAUCAGUGGCAACGAGGGUCAUUGCCAAAAGGGGCAGAAACUGAUCGCUGUUGUUAUGGCUGAGAGGAAUGGAACCCCAUGGUCCCCAUCAACUCAUCCCCCCAAAGCAGCUCCUCCUCAGUCCCAUUUUCCAGUAAUCGAGCCUCCAGCAAAAUCACCAUUUCCAUCUCCAAGGCCAGCACACUCUCCCAAAUAUCAUGGCCCUGUUGCUGAACCACCCAAAGUAUCGUCUCCAGGGCCAGCACACUCACACAAGCAUCAUGGCCCUGUUGCAGAACCACCCAAAGUAUCGUCUCCAUCGUCUCCAGGGCCAGGGCCAGCACACUCUCCCAAGCAUCAUGGCCCCGUUGCAGAACCACCCAAAGCAUCGUCUCCAGGGCCAGGGCCAGCAUACUCUCCCAAGCAUCACGGCCCCGUUGCAGAACCGCCCAAGGCAUCUUCUCCAGGGCCAGCUCACUCUCCCAAGCAUCACGGCCCUGUUGCAAAUCCUCCCAAAGCGUCAUCUCCAGGGCCAGCACAGUCUCCCAAGCAUCAUGGUCCUGUUGCAAAUCCUCCCAAAGCCUCAUCUCCAGGGCCAGCAAACUCUCCCAGGCAUCAUGGCCCUGUUGUAAAUCCUCCCAAAGCAUCAUCUCCAGUGCCAGUUCUGGCUCCUACAUCUCCAAUCCCUAUUGUUGAACCUCCUAAAGAAUCAUCUCAAUCGCCAGCACCAUCUUCAGGGCCAACACUCUCACCCACGCCUCAUGGCCCUGUUGCAAAUCCUCCUCAAGUAUCAACUCCGAAACAAGCACCAGCACCAUCUACACAUCAUUCUCCAUCUUCAGGACCAUCACACUCUCCAAUGGCUCAUAACCCCAUUGCACAUCCUCCUAAAACGUCAUCUCCAUCUCCAGCUUUGUGUCCCAAUUCCACAACACCAUCUUCAUCCCCACACAUUUCUCCAUCUCCAUAUUCGACAUCACCCCAAGCUUCAACUCCAUUUCCUGCCAAUGUCCCUGUUCAGGUACCAACUUCAACCCCACUAGCUCCACCACAGUCUACUUCUUCUCCAUCUGGUUCUCCAUCACCAACAGGUUCUCAGACACCAUCUGGAAGCCAAACAGGCACUCCGGCCGACGAGUACUCGCCUGCUCCGGCGCCUUCCAAGUCAUCUAACACUGCAACUUAUUCAAGUGUAAUGGUGUUAGCAGCUAGCGUCUUGUUGAGUAUGGUGUUGUUUGGUACAUGGUAA